AUGAGCGUCAAGUUAAUGGUCGGUCUCGCUACGGCGGGCAGCGUUUUCGUGAUUAUCAUGUCGCUCGUCGCAGUAUGCAUUAUCUACAACGACAUUAAUAGCCUUUACGAUGAUGUUAUGGAUGAAAUGGGUGAAUUCAGGAUUGUUGCCGAUGACACGUGGCAACGAAUUUUGUUGUUGCAUAUGAACCCAUCCGGCAAAAGUGAUGCGCCACCGUCAUUCGCAAGCCUCUUCGGACGUGCGAAACGUCAAAUUCCUGAUCGAUGCCAUUGCGGUCCAUCAGCUGAAGGCUGCCCAGCUGGACCACCAGGACCACGUGGUGAUCCAGGAGACAAAGGACCCGAUGGACCAGACGGCAAAGACGGACCACCUGGUGUUCCCGGAAUUGCUACCAAACCCACAUAUGAGAUGCCCACUGCUUGCAUCGAUUGCCCACCAGGACCACCUGGACCACCUGGACCUGACGGAGAGCUUGGAGAAGCCGGCCCACCAGGAAACGCUGGCCCACCGGGACGUCCAGGAAAACCCGGCCCACCAGGCCCAGCUGGCGAACCAGGAGAGCCUGGACCUGCAGGACCCGCAGGCCGUCCCGGUCAGCCAGGACCCCCAGGCAAAGAUGGCAAGCGCGGAAAGGGACCACAAGGACCAAAAGGCCCACCUGGACCCCGUGGACCACCCGGAGAGCCAGGCAAAGAUGGCGAGAAGGGUGCCGAUGGAGAGCCUGGAGACAAAGGUCCAGACGGAAGACCUGGACGCGAUGGACGUCCCGGAAAGGAUGGCCGCCCAGGACCAGCUGGCAGCGCAGGAUUGCCUGGUCCAGAUGCACACUACUGCCCGUGCCCGCCACGCAGCAGCGUAUUCCUUCUCAAGAAACACUGA